AUGAGAGUUGAGCUGAUUGCUAAGUGGGACACGACCAGGUACAUGAACAAAUCUUUGCCUAGUACGGGUUUUGAGAGUAGGGAAGGCUUUGAAGAAUGGCCUCCACUUAUUUGUGAAUCUCGAAAGGAAUUGGUGACUAAGUAUCCUAAAAAUCGGCUAGAUGAGAUUCCAAAUGUGCACUUGCUCAAGUUCAACUUCAUGUGGUACUUUCGGAGCAGGCUGAAGGCUGAAGGCCAAAUUCUUGAUGUGAUCUGCUCUUUAGGGAGCUUUGACUAG